AUGGCUGCCUUAACAGCAUUGGUAAAAGAAAUGAAAGAAGAGAUAGCUGCCAUGAAAUCUGCUAUGGUUUCAGGAUUUACUAGUGUCUGCCCACUGAUUGCGGCACAAACAAAACCAAAAGACUGCAGAGAUCAUGAGUUACUUGGGAGGAAUGUAUCUGGUGUCUAUAAUAUAUACCUACCCGAGUCAAAAGAGAAGACACAUGUUUUCUGUGAUAUGGAGACAGAGGGUGGCGGAUGGACGGUUAUACAGAAACGAAGAGAUGGUAAACAAAACUUCUAUACGAACUAUCAUGAUUACGAAGUAGGGUUUGGGAAUGUAUCAUCGGAACACUGGCUGGGGAACAAGAACAUCUAUGCAAUCACAAGUAACGGCGAAUAUGAAUUACUGGUUGUGCUGACCGAUUUUCAAAAUACUACCAAAAAGGCCAAAUACAGUUCUUUUAGUUUGAAAGGUCCAACAACCAGCUAUCAGCUGGAAGUUUCUGGGUAUUCUGGUGAUGCAGGUGAUUCCCUUGCAUUUGACCAUAAUGGACAUGCCUUUUCUACUGCUGAUCACGACAAAGAUGGAUCCAAGGAUAUAAAUUGUGCUCAGAAACACCACGGUGGCUACUGGUACAGUGGCUGUUUCAAAUCAAAUAUUAAUGGAUUGUGGGGCAAACCUGGUGAACAGGGAAUAAUUUGGGGAAGCUUUCAUAACUGGCAAAUGUAUGUUUUAAAGGAAACCACCAUGAUGAUUAGACCUACAGCUUUAAAUUGAUUCAUCCUACUUUCCAACAGAAUUCUAUAAACCUUAAUGGUAAUACUACUAACCAACAGAAUUCUAUAAACCUUAAUGGUAAUACUACUAACCAACAGAAUUCUAUAAACCUUAAUGGUAAUACUACUAACCAACAGACAACGUCAAUACCUGUAUUAAUCUAUCAGUUCUCUUAC